AUGAUUUUUGUUUGCUGUGUGGCCGCCUGUCCUUCUGGUUUUAAUCAUCAGUUUGAGAACUUCACCAUUUUUCUGGGCACGAUUCGAUGCCUGAAGAUCAACCUCAGUCCAACAAAAAGAAAACGAAGAUUUUUCAAGAGUACUCCUAGCUCGGAGCCGCGGGGCCAGGCCAGACUCCCGGACCUCCGCCCCAUCUUACACUUGAAUUCAGAUACUCCUAUUAAUUCUAAUGUCUUGGGCUUUUCUGGGGCUGAACUUGAAUUGGAUAACUUCCUGUUGGCUCCUACGUCCCCUCCUCCAACCCCAGGAAGUCUUGUGUUUGCUUUUUCCAUCCUGCCGAUUCGGUCCCCAACCACACCACUGCUGUCUGCACUAGCGGAAAUGUGGACGCACCAACUCCCACGUACCCCACCCUACCCUACAUCAGACUCCUGCUCCCCUCGACAGGUCAAAGGUGAGGGCCCUCCACCCCCCACGCAGCAAUGCGCGCCUUCAUCAACUCUGGUGGUGGGAAGAGAGGCCCUUCUCACCUGUGUGUUCCCCCAGGUGCAUGCUGCGGGACUCCGAGGACACUUCGGCUGCCCCACCCAGGACACUGCCUGCGCACCCCCCCCCCCCCCCGCCCCCGCGCGCCGAGCCCAGUGUCCCGACCUUACUCACAGCGGCUCUCACAACUGUUACCCAGGCGCCGGUCAUCCCGUGGCUGCCCUGGACCAGUCCGUGCCCUCUCAUCUGGGAACAGGCUGUUCUUACCAUCAGCAGCCUCUGUGCCUCAGCACUGAGGGUCACAUCAGUGAAAUGCAAGACCAUGACAGUGAAGCUCAGAACGCGAUGCCUGCUGACCCGUGCUCUCCUGCUCUGAAGUGGCAGCCAUACCAAAGUAUUCCUUGGCAUAGUUGUUUAUUAAAUGGUCAUUAUGAAAGACUUCCUUCAUUCAGCUUCCAAGUUGUCACAGACAAAGGAUUUGGUUUUUCACUGGCAGAUGAAGCUUUUGUUUGCCAAAAGAAGAACCAUUUCCAGAUAACCAUUUAUAUCCAAAUUUGGGGGAUAAUUUUGGCAAAAUUUGUCAAAACCCAAAUGGGCCUACAGCCAAUAAAAGAAAUGUUUUACUUGAAAGGUUUUGGGGUUAAGAUGGAAGCCACCCAUCAAGUAACUGCUGUUGAACAAUCCCAAGCAGAUAGAAGCAAAAAGAUUUUCAAUCCUGUGAAAAUUGACCUACUCUGGCCAACCACAUACGUCACCAAAGUAACAUUGGGCUGAUGAAACUUCAGUGAAACCACAGCAAAUAACAUGAGAAAGGAGGGGAAACCAAAUCCUGACCAGAGAUACUUCAGGCUGGUGGUCGGACUGCGUGCUGCUCACCAAGGCCAGUUCUAUCUGUCGUCUGCCCACAUCUCUGACAGGAUCAUUGUAAAGGCCUCUAACCCUGGGCAAUUUGAAAAUGACAGUGAUGCAUUAUGGCAGCAAGGACAAGUUCCAGAAUCUGUUGUCUGUCAUGGUCGAGUGGGAAUAAACACAGAUGCCCCAGACGAAGCCCUGGUAGUCUGUGGCAACCUGAAAGUGAUGGGGACAAUUAUGCAUCCCUCUGACAGCUGGGCAAAGCAGAAUAUCCAGGAGGUUGACGCAAAUGAACAGCUGAGGAGAACAGUCCAAAUGAGGAUCGUCGAAUAUGACGACAAACCUGAGAUCACGUAGGCAAUGGGCAUAAAUGCUGCCCAUCAGACAGGAAUGAUUGCCCAGGACGUGUGAGAGAUCAGAGCCAUGAGAGAGGUGGGUGAUGUCACCUGCAAAAAUGGAGAGAUGCUGCAGAACUUCCUCAUGGUCAGUAAGGACUGGGUCUUUAUGGAAAAUGUAAGUGCAAUGAAGCAGCUCUGCAAACUAACCAAUGACCUUGAAGAAAGAAUAGAGGAGUUAGAACUAUGGAACCGAAAGCUGCCCAGGCUAAAGCGGCUCCCUAGCUGGAAGUCCCCAGCCAGUGAAGCCAGCUCAGUCAGCAAAUUUAGCAGAGCUGUUAGAGCGCCUCUAAGAAGGGCCAUUCCCAAAAGAUCCAACAAGGUUUAUUCUACAGGAAGAAAACAGGGGUGUCCUUCCUGGGUCCCUGCUGUAGUUAUCACUCUCACUGCUGGGAUGGCGUUUUGUGCCUUGGUGAUAGCCUCCCUUUACAUACGUAGCUUAAAAGAUCAAGACUGAUGUGCCCCGAGCCUCCUCCUGAGCAAUAUCACAGGCUCUCAGGAGUCGGCCCUGCUGCCCACAGUCUCCCCCUCCUCAGGGGAGACACCUAUGAUGACGUCUCUGGCAACCACACAAUCCUCCUUCCAAAUUCCAGAAAUCACUUCCUGUGAGAUCCUGCCAUAUCAGGAGAUUUAUUGCUGCCCUGUUUGGGGAACAAGAAGAGUCCUCUCAAGUCCUGUGUGAAGACAGUCCAAGGAAAUGGAACCUCAUCAGAGGUUAUGGGCAGCAGACAGACGCAGGCCAUUCUGGGCAGGAGAUGAGCUAACCAGCCCCAACCUGGCAAGUGACUGGAUCAAUAUAACUAUCAGUUCUAUUCAGAUUAUGGAAAUCCAGCAAAUAACAGAUGGUCGGUAUUGCAGUAGAAGGCUCCAGUGCGGGUCUGGAAAUUACAAUUUUGAUAUUCCUGUUAAUAAGCACGCACCCAGCAAUGUCAGAUUCUCUCUGGAAAUCAGCACAACAGAGCCAUUGAUAGUCCAGUGCAGAUCCACCUUCGGAAGUAUAUGUUUCCAGAGGAAAAGGGAAGCUGAAGGGGUGCGGAACUACAGAGAAGUCUCCCAGGAGACUGCAGGUAAUGGAGAUCAGCACCUCUGGAACCUCCCUGUAGCCCGGUUCUUCGAUAGCACGUACCAUCUCUGCGUAGCUGCACCAGAUUUAUCUGACUGUUCAACAGACCCUUGUUUGGCUGGAAUAUUUUUUACAGAUUACUUUUUUUACUUCUAUUGACACUGCGCCUAA